AUGGCAACGGCAUUAUCAUCGAAUCCACUAUGCAAUCCUCGCCUACGGUCCCGGAACGCCAUUGACGUACAAAACGUUCAUCCUUGUUCCACUCAAGUUCGAUCCGUUUCGUCUUGGCUUCCACAAGUCCUUCAAGACUUUUCCAUUUGGGGUGGCACUGGGACCGUCCUCAAGGCACUCCACGGACCCGAUGGCACCAUACCGUACUGGGCUUGUUUUGCCAUUAUGAAUGCCAUGCUUCGGACUGCUUUGGUUCCUUUGGUGGUCUACAGUGCCAAAAUGUCUUCACGCUUUGCCAAGGUUGCUCCUGAAAUCCAGUUCAUCGUCACUCUCUUUCAGAACGAUUUGAAGAAAAUGCGGGCCGAAGGAAAAUCGUUGUAUGAACAACGGUUUCUAUUCUUGCAAAAUCUGCAGACGAUUCAAGGAGUAUAUAGACUGCACAAUAUCAAUCCCUUAAUGGUCUUCAUCAGUCCUUUGAUUCAGAUUCCGUUUUUCUACUAUGCGGCCACCGACUUGCGCAAGAUUGUCAAUGGUGCCGACCCCGAACUGGCGCAAGAAUUGACCGAGUCCUCCUUUUACUGGGUACCUGAUUUGAUUGAUCCCGAUCCUUGGUUUGGUUUGCCCAUUGCAGCGGGAGUCAUGUUGUAUGCCAACGUCGAAGUUGCUGUAGGCAAGCGCAGUUUGAGUGGACCAACGGCUUCCAAGUCGGACUUUGCCGGUUUGCUAAAGGAUGGUUUUCAGACGCUUGCCGUAUUCAUGCCGUGCUUGUCAGCACAGUCUCCAGCUGGCUUGCAAAUUUAUUUGGUAUCGAGUUUCACCUUUACCAUGUUUCAGAGUGCGGCGUUGCGAAAUGAUACCAUUCGAGGAAUGAUUGGAUUGCCCGUCAUGGGUUCCGCACCUACGGAACCAAAGUACGCCAAGGAGUUUAUGGAAUUCAAAAAGUUGGAACAAAAGGCUCGGGAAAUUCGAGGUGAUGGCCCCGUUCUCGGAAGGAAUGUCUUGGCCGUGGGCUUUGAAACCUCUUUUCCAGGAACCGCCCGACCGAGUACCAUAGAAACACAUGGACUGCUUCCUCCCGACAUUGAACCUGCCAAGCUUCCUGGGAAACCCAAACUAGACAUGAAAUCCGCCCAAGAAGCCUGGGGUGGGCAAUUCAUCCACGGCAUUUCGGCUCCCGUGGAACAGUUGGAAGCCCAAUUGGCCGAAGAAGCCAAGGAACAACAAUCGAAAGAAAUUGCCGAACAAAAGAUGGAAGAAGAAAAGAAGAACUAUAUGCUCCAAGCAUCGGAUGAUGUUAUGGAAGCAGCCAACAAGGGGGUCAUCAUGGCUCCCAAGGAAUUAUUGUCCGAUACCAAACCUUCUGACAACAAGGGACCGUCCAAGAUCAAACCCAAGCAAAUCAAGAAGAGUCCAAAGGGUGGCAAGAGAAAUAGACGGAAAAGUUAA